AUGGGUGCUCAACCUAGUCAGUCAAUGUCGAUGUACACCAUGGGUGGUCAACCAGAAUCCAGUUCUAGUGUUGUUAAACCUACUGCAUCACCAUCAGAAUCCAGCUCUAGUUUUGUUCAACCUACUACUCUAUCACCAUCAGACUCCAGCUCCAGUAUUGUUCAACAUACUCCGUCACCAUCAGAAUCCAGCUCCAGUAUUAUUCAAUCUACUCCAUCACCAUCAGAAUCCAGCUCCAGUAUUGUUCAACCCACUCCGUCACCAUCACAAUCUAGCUCCAGUGUUUUUCAACCCAGUCCGUCACCAUCAGAAUCCAGCUCCAGUGUUGUUCAACCUACUACUCCAUCACCAUCAGAAUUCAGCUCCAUUGUUGUUCAACCUAUCCCAUCACCAUCGGAAUCCAGCUCCAUUGUUGUUCAACCUGUCCCAUCACCAUCAGAAUUCAGCCCCAGUAUUGUUCAACCUACUCCAUCAUCAUCAGAAUCCAGCUCCAUUGUUGUUCAACCUAUCCCAUCACCAUCAGAAUCCAGCUCCAGUGUUAUUGAAAUUACUCCAAGUACAUCCACAUUCAGUUCCAGUGUCAAAGCCGUGACAAGCUCUGUUUCAGUUGCCACAACGUCUCCCACCGAUUCUCCAACAACCCUUCCUACAGCGGAAAUAACUACAUUCGGAAUUGUGAUGAUUAUUCUCGGCGAUUAUAGAAAUGAACUAAGUAAUAGCAGCAAUCAAGAAUAUAAAGAUUUAAGUUCAAAUAUUAAGGGUUUCCUGAUAACAUUAUAUCAACCAUUCCCAGGAUUUCUUGGCAUUAGAAUUAUUUCGUUCUCACCAGGAAGCAUCGUUGUUGAUUUUGAUGUAAUAUUCAACUCAACUGAAGCUAACACUACCGUCCAAGAAGUUAUUGAACCAAUCCAAAAAGGGAUGACUGGUCCCAUCGCACCAUUUAGAAUUUUAUCGGUAGCAGAAAAAGAAGAGGUUGUUCAAACUACUCCAGCACCAUCAGAAUCCAGUUCCAGUUUUAACGGUACGUUUUAA